AUGGAGACUAAUGAUGAUAAGACUCUGGCUAUAUCCAGGGAUGAAGCGAGUAAUAUACAACAAUGCAUUGAGAAGUGCUUUACACUAUACAUGACAAAGACAGAGAUCAUUAUUACACUACAGAAUCAAUUCAAUGUCAAUCCAACAUUCUCAGAGACAAUGUUGAUGAACUUGGAGAGACAGAACCCAGACUUCUUCAAUAUCUAUUAUAAGAGACUGAAGAUUAAGGAGCAGAUAAUAGAGUUCAAUCACCUGGCCAGUCUACAAUUAAAGUCAAUGAUCGCCAGACAAGGUGACCCAGGUGCAGCGAUGCAACAACAUCAUAGCUCACUAAAGAAUGGUGGUUUAGUGGAUACAUCUCUCAACAACAAUAACAUCAAUAACAAUAACAAUGGUCAUAGCAACAACAACAACAACACGACGACGACAACAACUACAACAGCGACUUCAUCAACUUCAAUCGAUGACCCAUACUCUUUAUUGCCAACAUUUCCGUAUUCUGCCAUGUCUUCGACAUCAACAUCCUCAGUCACAUCUGUGGACAAUGGUUCACAGCAACAGGAACCUGCACCACUGUUAUCAGUAUCACCAGCAAACGAUGUCCAACAGCAACAACAACCACAAUCAUCCAACCAAGGCGACUUCAACAAUCCUUUCAUCAAGCAGUCCACAUCCGAUGUGUUGUCAACACUGAUCGCAAACACUCAUAACAGCAACUCUAUCGCAGGCUUUGAGAGUUCAACGUCGAACAACAAUAUGUACCAGGGAUUGGACAACUCAACGUUUGGAGCGAUCGACAUCUCACAGAUACCAUUGUCAUCAUCGUUCUCAUUCGCGUUUGGAGGUGAUGACAUGAAGCGAACAAACAACAUGCUCAAUCCUGGCGGUAUGGUCCCAGGCGAUCAUGAACUUGGCAAGUCAACAUUCAAUCUGAAUAUGUCACAAGGUGGAAGUGAGCUCGAGUCAUUCCUCAAUCCAAACAUGUAG